AUGUCCUCCCCGUACCACGUACCCAUGCCCCCAUCCUCGGCACCAGGAGGUUCACCCAAUUCAUCAAUCAAUGCUUCCCGCCCGGCCAUCGACCCUCUCGCCUUUGACGACGUCCACGGUUUGGGCGGCAGCCGUGGCGCGCCUCGCACAGAGGCUCAAACAGGCCAGAACGUAACACAGCGUUCGCGUACCCGUGCACGUCUGGCGACCGACACUGACGCGAUCCCCCGCGUCAGGGAUGCUACUGGCGAGAAGGUAUCGAAGGAAUUGGAGACAUUUUUGGAAACCUAUACUGGGCAAAUCGCGUUCCCCGAGACACCUGCAUCGAUGAGCGGAGGUGUCGAUGUGGAUGAGGCAAGGCCUUAUAUCCAGCAGGUCAAGGAGUUGAAGGAGUUUGAGAAGACAACGCUCUACAUCGACUUUGGCCACCUCCUCGAGUAUGAAGAGAUUCUGGCACGCGCCAUCCAGCAGCAGUACUACCGCUUCCUGCCGUAUCUGCGUCGCGCAUUGCAAAACCUCGUCAAGAAGUAUGAACCGACGUACUACUACAUGACGGCCAGCUUUUCAGACGACCCCACGCUCGUCAGCCAGGCAUCCAUCAGCACGCGCGAGUUUACCAUUGCGUUCUACGGCCUCCCUCUCACCAGCGGUAUCCGCGAUCUCCGCAUGGACAAGGUCGGCCAGCUCAUGAGCAUCUCGGGAACCGUCACCCGCACCUCCGAAGUGCGUCCCGAGCUCGUGUCCGGCACGUUCCGCUGUAUGGAGUGCGACACUUGGGUCUACGACGUCGAACAGCAGUUCAAGUACACCGAGCCGAUAAUGUGUCAAAACGUCACUUGCUCCAACCGCAAGAGCUGGCAGCUAUCAAUCGAGCAGUCCAAGUUUAACGACUGGCAAAAGGUCCGCAUCCAGGAGAACGCCAACGAGAUCCCCACUGGUUCCAUGCCCCGCUCCCUGGACGUCAUUCUCCGCGCUGAGGUUGUCGAAAAGGCGAAGGCCGGUGACAAGUGUACCUUUACCGGCUCUUUCAUUGUCGUUCCCGACGUCUCGCAGCUUGGUCUCCCCGGUGUCAACGCCGAGAUGAUGCGCGAGAACCGUGGUGGCCGCAACGACGGCGGUGUCGCGUCGCAAGGUGUCUCGGGUCUCAAGGCCCUCGGUGUCCGCGACCUGCAGUACAAGACUGCUUUCCUCGCGUGCAUGGUUCAGAACGCCGACGCUCGCAGUGGUGGCACCGAUCCCCGUGUUGAUGCGGACGAAAACGACCGGGACACGUUUCUCAAAACCCUCACUCAACAAGAGGUCGACGAGCUCAACGCCAUGCGCAACACCGACAACAUUUACCAGCGGAUCGUCUCGAGCAUUGCCCCUACCGUUUACGGCCACGAGAUUGUCAAGAAGGGUAUUCUCCUGCAACUCAUCGGCGGUGUCCACAAGCAGACCCAGGAGGGUAUCAACCUCCGUGGUGACCUCAACGUCUGCAUUGUCGGCGACCCGUCGACAUCCAAAUCGCAGUUCCUCAAAUACGUCUGUGGCUUCCUCCCACGCGCUGUCUACACGUCGGGCAAGGCGUCAUCGGCUGCCGGUCUGACUGCAGCUGUCGUCAAGGAUGAAGAGUCCGGCGAGUUUACCAUCGAGGCCGGUGCACUCAUGCUGGCCGACAAUGGUAUCUGCGCCAUUGACGAGUUUGACAAGAUGGACGUUGCCGACCAGGUCGCUAUUCACGAAGCCAUGGAGCAGCAGACCAUCUCAAUUGCCAAGGCCGGUAUCCAAGCUACUCUCAACGCUCGCACCUCGAUUCUUGCUGCGGCCAACCCAAUCGGCGGUCGCUACAACCGCAAAAUGUCUCUGCGCCAAAACGUUGCCAUGUCGGCCCCUAUCAUGUCGCGUUUUGAUCUCUUCUUUGUCGUUCUCGACGAGUGCAAUGAGGCAGUUGACCUGCACAUCGCCCAGCACAUUGUCAACGUCCACCGCUUCCGCGACGCCGCUAUCCAGCCAGAGUAUAGCACCGAGGCAAUCCAGCGCUACGUGCGCUACGCGCGCACCUUUUCGCCCAAGCUUACUUCGGCGGCCUCGGCGGUCCUGGUCAACAAGUACCGCGACCUCCGCCAGGAUGAAGGUGGUCCCGGAAAAUCCAACUUCCGCAUCACCGUCCGUCAGCUCGAGUCCAUGAUCCGUCUUUCGGAGGCUAUUGCCCGCGUCAACUGCAGAGAUGACAUUACACCCAACAUUGUCAGGGAGGCCUACGCUCUUCUCCGCCAGUCGAUCAUCCACGUCGAGCAGGAUGACAUUUCGUUUGACGAUGACGAGGAAGCAGAUCUCCCGGGCCAGGCCGGCGAGGCCGGUGACGACGCCAUGGACGAGGACGAGAUCGAUGCCGCCGACGUGGCCGCGCUCGAAGCCGCCGAGUCGAGCUACAACAACACCUUGGCGGAGACUAAUGGCGACUCGUCCUCGGUCCCAGCCCCUGCCGCGUCCAAGCCCAAGCUGCGCAUCACCUACAACCGCUACAUGGAAAUUAUGAACCAGAUCGUCAUCCACCUGUCCGAUCUGGAGCGCACGACUGGCGCCGGUGUUGACCGCGACGAGCUCAUCGCGUGGUACCUCGAACAGCGCGAGGAGCACAUGGAGUCUGUCGAGGACAUCGAUCGCGAGGGCGAGCUCAUCGGCAAGGCCCUUACCAAGCUUGCCCGUGACAACUACCUGCUUGAAAUCCGCGGUGAUGUCCGGGAAGGUCUGCAGCCGUCGGAGCAGGACGAAGACACUGCUGCAAGUGCGGAUGAUAAGGUCCACUACCUCGUUCACCCGCAGGUUGACUUGAGCGACCUUUCGAGCUCUGUCCCCAUGCCCUAA